AUGCGUUGUCAGACUUGGCAUUUAGCUGCUUUCAGGGAAUUAUCGCUGCUGUGUUGUAAGACGAAUCUAAUUGAUGAGCAAGAUAUUAAUCCCAAGACGGUUGAGAAAACCCUCAAGAUAGAUAUCUUACCUGGGUGGCGGAAGAAGGGCACGAAGAUAACUUUUCCCGAGAAGGGCAACCACGAGCCAGGAACCACGCCGCCUGACCUCAUCUUCGUCGUGGACGAGAAGCCACACCCAGUUUUCAAGAGGGAAAAGAACGACCUUGUGGUCGUUCAGACAGUGACACUGUUGGAAGCUCUCACUGGGAAGACCCGUAACCUCACAACCUUAGACGGGAGGAAUCUUGACAUCCCAUGGAUAGACAUCAUAGACAUUAUCCCAGAAAUCAACUAUGGAUUUUGUAUUCCUUACAAUAAUUUACUUAUGAUAAGGAGCUAA